AUGCAGCACGCCCGAUGGUCAAACAGCAGGCAGGCUACGUCGCCUUUGGGCGAAAAUGAUAAUCUAACAACAUAUCUACGAUCAUCUCCCGAGACACGCACGCCAAUGGGUAGACUACAGGGAAAAGCUUCAACUCUCACGAUUGGCAAUAUGUCUUUGAACACCCCAGGGAGCACUCUUACCGUGGGGAAAAAUAAAGUAACAACAUCUGGAGGGCUACGUUCUACUCAUAUAUUUCGUAGCUUUACCGAUCCAGUUGCCCAUAAUAUCAAAAGCUCAGCAUCGAAGCAUAUUCACUCGGGCAGAAACAGUGUGACCCCUCUGAAGGAAGACUCCACCUCGGACGAGCCCAUGCAACUUACCGUAUGGUUUCACGAACCCCGUUCAUAUACAGAAGAUGUGGUCAUUGACGGCUCGGCAGUUCCUGGGAUCAAACAAGGCGGCAUAUAUAGCCUUGAGCCAGUGACUAAGGACGGAAAUCUACAAAAGGAGGAUCAAAAGCGGUUUAUUUUUGCGGUAUCGAAACAUAAUUUCAUUGGAGAGUCAAGCAGUAAGAAUAAGUCAAACCUCCAAAUAUCCCUUCAAUCGAAUCCACUACAAAAGCUACUAGACAUUCCACCUAGAUCGCAAGUCCUAGUACAAAGGGUAAAAGACACCUCAGAAGUUGAGCUAGAUACGGUUGAAAUAUAUUUAAAAGAUGUCAAUUUUCCAAGAGACUCUCAAUGGGGAUUGGCUUCCUCCUUUGUUGGUACUUGUUGCUACAUUGAUCAACGAGUGCUUUAUUUGGGCAAUAAAAUUGGCCAAGUUCGACUGACAUUUAAAGAUGGGAGAAAGCUAUUCAGUGGUUAUGUGAGCGAGAAAACAAAUAUAAUCUUCCGGUCAGAGAGUGCAAAGCUCAUAUUUCUUGUUCAGAUGUCGAGGGAGAUGUGGCACUUUGAGGAGAAUGGCGAAAUCAUGUUUCAUAAACUUGUCAAUACGUUAUUUCCCAAGAUCUUCAAGAAUUGGCUCAACGCGAGCUCCCAUCAUGCCAUCACAAUUGUGCUCUUCACCAGCAUUGACCUAACACAUAUUCCAUGGAUUUCAUUGGGAGCAGGCGAAUGCCCGACAAAAACGCAAGACUACUACCGUGUCGUUGUUGACCAAGUCAGUGUUUUUAGCUGGGACAAAAUUAUGGCGAGUUUAAGACUUGAGUUUGCCAAUUUUAAGCGUGAUGUACUAAUGCAUCUCGUGGAUGGGCAAUACAGAAUAUCUGGAGAGCCCUGCCCUUCUGUGAAAGGUAACUUUUUAGAAGCAGUCAACCUCACCAUCAGUCUUGUUUGCGACAGGUUCAGAAACACAGACCUCAGACAUACUGUCAAUCAUAUCAUAGUUAUCACUCCGGGAACUGGCCUCUACGAUGUCGAUUACGACCUCAUGUUGAAGACCUCGAAGAAGAUGUUUAGUCUUGACUGCGCUUUGGAUAUCGUCUCACUCAGUCAGCCGCCCCUUCAUACGGUUCCUCUUUUGAGGUAUAGAGACGACGACGGCCACGUUGGUCAUUGUGUUCCUAAAUGGUGUGAUAUUUCCUUCUACACUGAUACUGAUGAAUGGGCAUCUCAAUGGAUACCAAGGUGUAAAAUAUACGAGUUGCAAAUGAUGGGGGUCAUGGAAAAUGAGGUCAACGAAGUACGUAUAGAUCGCUUGCAGUUAAGCAAAAAGGUCCCCAUUGUUGAAGCAAUGGAUAGGUAUGACGAGGAUUUAUUCAGACCCAUUGAGUUUUCUCAGGGCAACUCCUCGAAGCUGGAGCAUAUCGAAAAGAAGGUCUCACCAAAGCAUAGUACUGCAACCCUUGUUUUGAUGGGAAAAGCAUCUUUGGCAUCUCUAAGUACGCCAAGGUUAAAACCAGACCAAUCUAGCUCAAAUGUUUGCACCACGACGGCAGCUGUGCAGGGAACUGUUCUGAAUCUGUCAGCGAAUGUUUCUGCGCUUUCAUCCUUAUACACCUUGAACCGCUCUAACGAUGAUCCUAAGAAGAAGAACAUCUUUGCCUCAAGAGACAUGCGGUCUAUGAGCCAAAUAAAGGACACUCAUUCUAAGUCAGGAUCAAUGCCUUCACGAGAUUUUGUUGUGAGGCCAACAAUACUCAAAUCACGAGAAUCCAAGAAAACUGACAGACGUGGAAAAGCGAAGGAGGCGUCUAAAAUUCUCAAGAAUAAGGGAAAGAAUGUGACCUCUACCCAACAAAAGGAACGAGACGAAAGACUGAGAAAUAAUCCAUAUUGGAUGAAGAUCGACAAUCCCUCCAGGGAGAUGGCAUCCGAUAGUAUACGGUGCAGCAGAUGGGCAGAUGUCUUCCCUCCGCGUAUCAAACGAAAGCUUGUCAAGUGGAGAUCACUCAAGGCUCCAGCUGCAUUGCCUAUUGCAACAUCACUCUUUCCUUCACCCAAGGAGCUCGAGACUGAAUACACAUUUCAGAUUUAUGUUGUCUCAUUGAGCUAUGACAAUAAAUUGGAGUUGAAAAGCACAAAGGAGCUCAUGCGAGAAAUGAUAAGACUCAGAUUGGCAAUUGGCUUUCAGAUUUGCAAGGGAGAAAGGGUUCGCAACGCUGAACUCGAGAGGAAACCAAGUGGUAGCCCAGAAGCCUUGAUACACUACAUGCCGCAAGGUGAUUGCACAGGUGCAAGAAUAUAUUUAUCACUAAAUGACGAGAUUCAUCGAAUUUUUUGUGAUUACAAUGGCACCUUGAAUGUGCAAUUAUACAGAAGAACAAGGGCUCAUGCGAAGCACAGUUCCUUUGGGAGAAAGAGAAGAGACGAGGCACAAAGACCAUUUAUCCGAACUCGUUACGCAGAUGAGUACACGACUUCGUUGAUUACUUCUCAGGAUACCGAACCGUUCAUGUAUAACUGGAAUCAAUUUGAUCAGCUAUUGGCGGGCUAUGAUGACACAAUCAGUGAGACUAGAGAAUUUCACAAGAUGAAAUUUGUCGUUAUGCCCGCAGACAUGCUGCAGAGCGCAUAUCAUGUAAAUAACGAUAGCCUUUCAGAUGAGGAGAUCAGAGUUGAGGGAUUACGAAAGUUAAUUUCGCUUAUUGAGCGUGGAAGAUACUCACAACUGGCCGAAAAGCCAACAAAAAAGAAGGAGGAAAUUUUGCCCGAAAUAAGUUUCUACACUGGUAACCUCUAUGACUUUCUUAACGAACAAGCAGAAGUAUUCUUGUCAAGUGGAACCCAGCCGCAGAACUCAUUGAUGGUAUCGGAUUCCAAGUUCAACACAAACAUAAAGCUACAGGUUCUUGCGGAGAGACUUCAGGCACCAGGAGGUCUCAACUUGGUGGACCGUACUUGGCACUUCAAGGUCCAUCCUUCGUGCUUCUUGGGUCAAGAACUUGUGUCUUGGUUGAUAGAAUACUUUGAGGAUAUCGACAACCGAGAUGAAGCAACUUCUUAUGGUCAGACUUUGAUGAAUGAGGGUCUCUUCACGCAUGUUGAUAACCGCCACGGAUUCCUAGAUGGUCAUUAUUUCUACGAGUUUACCGAAAGUUACACGAGGCACUCAAAUAACGUCAAACAGCCUUCAGGAGGAUGGUUUAGGAAGAAGACCACCAAUUCAUCUGAUAAGUCAGUGAAUACAAGCACAAUCAGCCCUAAGCUAACCGUACAGGUAUCGAACAAUCCGAGCCAUACUCGCGAUAAUUCAGAUACUCUUUCAGUAUCGGCAAUUGACAGUAAUACUUCAAAGAAGAUGGUGUCUUCGUCUCUCACAAAGAAUGACAGCGAAAGUUCUUCGUUAGCUGAAUCACAAAACGCUAAGAGGCUCAAAAAGUUUAUGAUCAGCAAGCAUGUACGCUACGACUGUGAUCCAUUGAGGAAAUCUUUCCGUCCUGAACUUUUGGACGUCCAUUACGACAGAGUGCAUAACCCGGAGCACUGUUAUCAUAUUAGGCUCCAGUGGUUGAAUACUACGAACAAAUUCAUUGACGAGACUAUCGUAAGUUGGUCUAGGCUUUGCGAGCGAUAUGGUUUGAAAUUAGUGGAAACCCCAUGGAGAGAGUUGUGCACGAUUCCUAAGUUAAACCCAUUUCAUUCCUUUGUCGAUCUCAAACUCGUCGUGAACCCAAUGUUAGACCCGGAGUUUAAUGAGACUACAGAAUUUAAAGAAAACAAGUUUUAUUACCACUUGUUCUUGCUCAAAAGGACCGGAUUUUUGCUUGACAAUAGAGGAUCUAACUUCUUCCUGAGAGAUAAUAUUGAGAUUCAGUACAGUUGGGGGCUACCAGCAUUUAAGUACGCCCAGUUCAUCCACAGAACAGGGGCAUACAUUGUUGAGUUGCGUGACAAUGGUGACUUCUUCAUGGCACCGAAUAAUGUUCAUAUCCUUAGGGUGAAUACGUUGAUCACUUCAAUUCCUGAGCAAAGUAGCACUUUGAAGAAUUACGCUUUUGACUCACAGAAAGUGAUGAUGGACUUCCGAGAGCUGUGCAAGGAUGAAGUAUACUUGCGCAGUCUUUUCAGAGAGGCGAUGAAAGGAUCUCGUGAAAAUUACGAUUACAUGAUAGCAUAG